CCCAAGCUCUCCGCCUCCCCCCGCCCGCCAGUCCGAGGCAGCCCUAUCCCAGCCGGUGGCCCCAGCAGCAACGCGGAGAGCAACCCCAGCAGCAGCGUCAUGGUCGGGUGGAACGCCUACAUCGACAACCUCAUGGGGGACAGGACCUGUCAGGACGCGGCCAUCGUGGGCUAUAAGGACUCGCCGUCUGUCUGGGCCUCCGUUCCCGGAAAAACAUUCGUCAACAUUACGCCAGCUGAGGUUGGUGUUCUGGUUGGUAAAGAUCGGUCAAGUUUUUUCGUGAAUGAGCUGACGCUUGGGGGCCAGAAAUGUUCUGUGAUCCGGGACUCACUGCUGCAGGAUGGAGAAUUUACCAUGGACCUUCGUACCAAGAGCACCGGUGGAGCCCCCACCUUCAACAUCACUGUUACCAUGACUGCCAAGACGCUAGUCCUGCUGAUGGGCAAAGAAGGUGUCCACGGUGGCAUGAUCAACAAGAAAUGUUAUGAAAUGGCCUCCCACCUGCGGCGUGCUCAGUACUGACCUCGUCCUUCCCUUCCCCCUACCACUCCCCACUGCUUUUGCAACCCCCCCCUCCCAUACACACACACCAUUUUUAUUUUUUGGGCCAUUAUCCCACACCCCUUAUUGCUGCCAAAACCACAUGGGCUGGGGGUUGGGGCUGGAUGGACAGAUGCC